CAUCCUUGUUUAAUAUCCUGAAGGGAUCCAACAACUGAGAGUCUCAUCUCUUUUCAAUAAACAGCUGCAAUGGCCUUAAACGGUAAAAUCGCAGUGGUGACUGGAGCAGCGAUGGGCAUAGGAAGAGCAAUGACGGAGAUUCUGCUGAAAAACGAUGCCAAGGUAGCCCUCCUGGAUGUGAACGAAACCGCAGGAAAGACUUUUAAAGAAGCCCUUGACAAACAAUAUGGACAGGAGAGAACUUUGUUCCUGACCUGUAAUGUUGAAUCAGAGGAGCAGAUAAAAGCUGCUUUUCAGAAAAUCGUAGAGACCUUCGGUGGAAUAGACAUCCUGUGCAACAAUGCUGGCAUCUUGAAUGAGACCCUGUGGGAGAAAAUUGUCUCCAUAAACCUUGUGGGUGUUAUCAGGGGGACUUACCUGGCUCUGGAGCACAUGAGCAAGUUGAGUGGAGGGCGGGGAGGGGUCAUCAUUAACACGGCAUCCAUGGCAGGUCUCGGCCCUCUACCAAGCUGUCCUGUCUAUACAUCCACCAAACACGGAGUGAUCGGCUUCACUCGAGCCAUGGCGAUUGCCUCUUCCCUAUCAGGCUAUGGUAUACGGUUCAAUGCCCUUUGCCCAGGUUUUGUUAAUACUGAGCUCUUUACCUCUAUUCCAAACAAACUGGGGCAAUUCUCCCACCUGGCUGAGGCAACCCAACAAUUAGUAGAAAAGCUUGGGACAUUGACUGUGUCUGAGUUAGCUGAACACUACCUGGAGCUGGUGACAGAUGAGACUAAGAAUGGAGAGGCCCUCCUGGUGUUACCAACGGGAAAGAAAUACGCAACUUUUCCGACAUUCAUCGAGUAGUGCUGUGCAAUGACUCACUAAAACGUUGCAUACUGUAUUGGAUACUUUAAUCAAAACUGCAAUGUUUUAUAGUGCUUGAAUUUGAAAAAAAUAAAAUCAAAAUGUGUCAAGUG